GGACUUCGGACUUGUGAAAUUUACGCGAUUCACAAAUCACAUUCUGAAUCUGAUUUCAACUUUGCUUUUUGAGAAUUGAGAUUCAACUUUCAAGACACAUUUCAAUAUUCUGCAUAUGAAUUUAUUUUCAUGAAGGAUUUAUGAAACUGUAGAUACAACAGACUUCAAAGGUCUAUACAUUGUAUACUUUUCACAGCUAUCAACUAUCAUCUCAAACUUCAAACUUUCUAUCCUUUGAUUGAUUAAGUAUGACAGUGGGAUCAAAAUAGAUAAUCGCAUCAACUCAACUUAUGCAUACAAAAUACAUAAAUAUCGACUACAUUGAGUAGUGGUUUAGUUAAUGAGAAAACUGAGAAGAUAUUGUAGUUCAACUUCAACAGGUGCAGAGCAUACCCAAUAAUCUGUGAUAGUGACGUCAUAUAUGGGAGUCAGCCAUGUUGGGAUCGUUUUGAACUCACUGUCCUGAGACAUCUGUAAAUUUAUCCAUCAGACGAUUAAUUUUCAAGUAGAGGAUGCCGAAAGCGCCGAAAAUCGAUUGACUGAGCGAUCAACUACAAAGAUAGAACUGAAAUCGUUGAUUUCUUCAUCGGCAGAUCGGACUGGACGGUAGAUUACGCCAUGUCGGGAAUUUUACCAUCACUGAGUGACUCAGCAGACGAUGCUGCAUCGACAGAUAAAACAAUAAAAAAUGAAUUUCCCGAAGAAAGUUCACUCAUCGUGAAUGAUUUAUCUAAAGAAGAAUAUUCAGACUUGGUUAUCCCCGACGAUCAUAAAUUUGAUUCAAUUAUGCCGGACGAAAUGGAAGCUGAGGAGAAAGGCCCGUCGAAAAAAGCUUUGAAAAAAGAAAGAAAAUUACAAAGAUACAUGGAUAUGAAAGCUGCCAGAAAGGCUCGUCGUAAAGAGAAACGUAAAGACCGCCAGGAACGAAUCAAACUGGGAAUUCUCAAUACGUCCAAAUCGACUAAAAAAGUUUAUUCGAUGUCAGAGAGUAAAUCAAAGCAUACCGUGGUAUUGGAUUUAUCAUUUGGAGAUUAUAUGACUGAAAGGGACAUGUCAAAAUGUUCAAAUCAAAUUGCUCGUACUUAUUCUGCGAAUCGCAGAUCUCCUAAUCCUGUCCAAUUACAUCUUUGUUCGUUCAAUGAUAAAAUAAAAGAAGAACUUAUCAAAAUUGAUGGCAUGGACAAAUGGGAUGUUCAUAUUCACGAACAUAAAUAUUUACUUUACUUCGAGCGAGAGAAAAUCGUAUACUUGACUAGCGAUUCGGAAAAUGUCUUGGAGAAUGUCGAAGAAGAUAAGAUUUACGUUAUUGGCGGUUUUGUGGAUCAUAAUCUUCACAAGGGUUUAAGUCUUAAAAAAGCAAGAGCGGACGGAAUACGACAUGCUCGAUUACCCCUUCAACAAAAUAUCGUCUUAAAUAGUAGAACAGUCCUGGCUAUUAAUCAUGUUUUUGAAAUAUUACUUGCAAAAGCAAACGGAGCGUCAUGGCGUGAAGCAUUUCGUACAGCCAUUCCUCAAAGAAAGAUUGGCACUCCUAAUCCUCGUAGGGUUAAACAAGUUGGAGAGGUUCAAAAGCUGUGCAAAGGUGAGCCUGGCGAUGAGAAAUUGUGCGAAGAUAAGCCUGGAAUGGAGAAGUCGUGAUACGGAUGAACCCUGAAUUCAGAUGUUGUGUGAAUAUGAGCCUCGUGAUUAGAUUUUCAUGGAAUGAAAAUUGUGAAGAAAUGAGUAAUUCUGUGAUUGUGUUUUUUUUUAUAAUAUUACGAUGUUGUUGAAAUAAAUUACUAUAAACAUG